CUGACCAGCAUUCACCUCCCUGCAAGAAGACGGUCUGCAAAAGAGUGAAAUUCUGCUGAAACAAGAUAUCAUCUGUAUAUUAGCUGUAAUAGCCUGAUAUUUCCUUUUUUUUUGUCCAAGCGAGGCUGUUGAAAAUCAAUCGCAAUGAAGGCUCUGUCUGUUGCGGUGUUGGUCGUGCUGCUGUCAGUCUGUAUUCAAAGCAGCGACGCUGUCCCAUUCGCAGAGGCAGAAGUACAGGAGACAGAGGCUGAACAUAGUAGUCCAGCAGAGGUACAGAUGAAUUUUGCUGAUGAGGAAGUGCAAUCACUGACUGAAGGCAAGUUGCGGACAAAGAGGCAAAGUCACCUUUCUCUCUGCAGAUACUGCUGCAAUUGCUGUCAUAACAAAGGCUGUGGAUUCUGCUGUAGAUUUUAGGAGCACAGAAGUGAUGGGUUAUUGUUCAAAUCAGUCGCAAAAGUUCUUCAGUCAAGCAAAAGUGGACUCUUUUGUAGAAUGUAUUCUGAGAGAUUCUUGUCAUGAAGGGCUCCAAGGAUGCAGCACAUAACCAUAUCAAAUGAUUCUGAGCUUUACAGAAAUCUACUCCUCUCUGCUGAUGGCUAUUGAAACAUUGUAAAUAUUGUUGGGGAUGUUAGUCGUGUCUUCUGGUUUUUAAGCUGUGCAUUGAUUGUUUAAAUUGCAAAUAGAAAUCAUCGUUGCUAGAGCUAUAUAUGUACGUAUUGUGGCUUCACUGAACAAGCCAAAAAGUGUGCCUUUCAAUGAGUUAAUAAUCUGAAGAUAUCGUUUUCUUACCUUUUAUAAACAAGCACUCUUUCCAUCCAUUAACAUGUCAUUUAAAGACCACGCAAAAUGAUUAUGCUCAUAAGUAGAAAAUAUAGAAUAUAAACAACCUGCAAGUCAGAAAUAGCAUGUCCAGUACUUUGUUGCAGGUCCUAAUUGUCCAGAAGCAAGAUGGGUCUAUGACCCAUUGUGAAACACUUUGUUUCCCUUUAGUUUAUCCGUAAGUGUCCCUUGAGUUAACUUGUGGCACACAAAGCCUUAAACACAUUGAAGCCUAUGUCCUACAUAACACAUAAUGUCUCCAUAUUUAAUAUUUGAUGUGGUUUAUGGGCUCAGAUUUUGGGAAUCAAAGAUCUGAAUUAAAUACAGUUUUGUCUUUUCUAGUGUUACAGCCAUUCCAAAUGACUGGCUUCAUGCUGGGGCUCACUGAUCAUGAGUAUAUUGUAUAUAAUGUAAAAAGUGAUAUUUUGUGCUGCUUCUCUUGUUUUCUGUGAGACUCAUACAUGUGACAAUUUGGUUAUGCCUGAAACUAAUGUAGUUAAUGGAAAUGUGUACAUCUUUGAUAUUUCUGAAAAUGUAAAUCUUCUUUGCUUUUGUAUUUAAAUAAGAUGUUUUUACAGGGAUUAACAUUUCUAAAGUAACACUUAAGAAUAUUAAUAUUUUUCUAACAGUUUUGUAUAAUUGUAUUAAAAUGACUAAGACUACAGUAUUAUCUAUAAGAGCUGUAAUAUACAUGAAAUAAUUUGCCAAAAAAUAAAAAUGUUGAUAUAAGAAUGUAUGCAAA